AUGGCCUUACUAAAUAUACAGGCAGUAUCACCUCAAAUGGAUGCAAAUUUCAAUGCGAAAAUUUUGAAUUUUAGAAUGAUUGAUGAAGGAAAGUAUACGGUAUAUCGUAUCCAAAUCACAGUUGACACCUACACUUGGACCGUUGAACGACGUUAUAGUGAUUUUGACGCUUACGAUGUACAUCGAUUUCUAGAUCGAAAGAAAUCAUUUCUUCCUCCAAAGAAACGACUGGGAAACAAGGAUCUCGAAUUUAUCGAAGAACGACGACUUGAAUUGGAGAAGUAUGUUCGAGCUCUUUUGGAAUUAGAAGUUUGGUAUCAAAAGCAGAAGAAUGUGCAUUCGCUUCCGUUGAUUACAGCGAAGUUUUUCGAUUUUCAUCAAUAUGAGAUCCACUCGAUCGUCGACGAUUUGUCAUUGAGACUCGGAAAUUUGGGAGAUGGUUGGCUUGAGAGCAGUCAGACGUCACCGAAAUAUUUUGAAUUUACCCCAAUCGAGUUGCAUGCGAUUACCGAACGACUACGGUUGCCGGAGCCAACUGCUCCAGAUGUCAACAUGGUGGCAGAUAUUGGGAAUACCAUUGACUUUCUUCACAGAGUUCGUGCUCUUAAAAUCAGGGGACAGAAAGGAUAUGUUGGAACAUCGAAUAUCGUUUGGAAUUCACUGGAUAUGAGUCUCUAUUUUUGCAAAGGACUGAAAGCAUUAUGGAUCGCCGACAGUGAUGUAUGUCGUAUUAAUGGAAUCAAAAGUAUAAGAGAGACACUUCGUCGUCUUGUCGUUCACUAUUCGAUGAAAAAGAUCAAGGAUUUGCUCUUCGAUGAAGAAGAUUUGGAAACUGGAAUGCUUGUGGAGGAGAUGGACACGUGGAAAUGUCUGGAAGAAGUUGAUCUUUCGUUUAAUGAGAUUAAAUGUUUCGAUGAAAGCAUGAAACUGCUCCCCGAAGUGCGAGUUUUGAAUGUUAGCUACAACUCCAUCACAGAAAUUGGAUCUAAUCUCGCUUUCCUUUCAUCUUUAACUGAACUCGACCUUUCAAACAAUACUUUAACGAAGAUUGAUGGUUGGAAUGAGAAACUUGGAAAUAUCAAGAAGCUGAUCCUCAGUGAAAAUGCAAUUGAAGAUCUAUCGGGAUUGGGAAAACUGUAUUCUCUGGAAUAUUUAGAUGCAAAAGGCAACAAUAUUCAAAACCUGGAUGCUGUUCAAGGAAUUGGAAAACUUCCAUGUCUUGAGAUUCUAUUACUUCGUGAUAAUCCUAUCAGAAAACUGGUCGAAUACAGAACAAAAGUCCUGGAGCUUUUUGGAGAACGGAGCAGUGAGCUGAAAUUGGAUGGAAGACGUCCUGAAGCAAGGGAACUUGAUACUGUACGCGUACGAAUGGCCCUUCGUAAAGCAAAAGAGGAAAAAGAAGAACGAGAGAAGAAGCGUAGAGAACGAAUUGAAGAACGAAUAAGGUACAUUUCUGGAGAAGACGUCAAUCCGAAUGUAUCUGGAUCGUUUUAAUUUAUACACUCAAUCACGUCAAUAUGUAUAUCAAUUGUAUUUAACUGGAGAUUCACAAAAGGAUGGAAUUGAACUUGAACAAAUACGAAACAAUUUUCACAUUUAGUUCAUAUUUAAAAUUUUGAAGAUUUAUUUUUCAUUUUCCACCCCCAGUGAAAACUUUUAUUCUCAUUCUCUAACGCAUAAUUUUCAAAUUAUAAUUUAUAAUGCAUGGUUCUUGUAAAAUAAUCUAGUCUUUCUUCCCUGUGAACUUCCCCAACUUACUAUUCAUCUACGUACUUCCCCGAGCUUUUAUUCUUCAUUCAAAUGAUCGUACAUAUCGUCACGAUUCUCAUGAAAUCAGUGUACUUAUACCACUUUUCAAAGAAUGUAUUUAAUCAUUUGUCUUCUUCUUGGUGCAUCCCCCGACUGAUCCUUCUUUUAUUCAUUAGGGUUUAAUGGUUGUGGAAUUUUUUACAAAUGUGUGUUAGUACUCGUGGUGUGUGAUUGAGAUGAUGAAUAAUAAAAUCAUAUGAGAUUAUC